UGUGGCAGGAAUUGGCUUGAAAGCAUCAAGUUAGACUGGAAAACAAUUAAAAUGGUCAGUAAAAAUGCAAAACAGCCCCCAGCACCCAAGUCAAUACCUGAGGUGUUAGAAAAAUACAAUGACGUUUUCAAAGAUGAAUUAGGAACAUUAAAGGAAAUUAAAGCCACAAUCUCUGUCAAGCCUGACGCCACACCCAAGUUCCACAAAAGCCGCCCCUUGCCAUUCGCAAUGAAGGAACGAGUGGAAGACGAGCUACAACGACUGGAAAAAGAAAACGUCAUCAGUCCUGUGAAGCACAGUGAAUGGGCCGCUCCUGUCGUUCCUGUGGUCAAGAGAGAUGGCAAGAUUCGCUUGUGUGGCGAUUAUAAGGUAACAGUGAACCGGGCAACCAACACAGACAUAUACCCACUGCCACGCAUUGAAGAGGUGCUGGCAACGCUGAGUGGUGGCAAGUUGUUUUCAAAAAUAGACCUAGCCUCUGCUUACCAGCAGGUGCUCCUUGACGAAGAUUCAAAAAAAUACACAACAAUCAACACUCACAAGGGCUUGUUUGUGUAUAACAGACUUUGCUUUGGCAUUAACUCUGCUGUGAGCAUUUUCCAGAGAGUGAUGGAGAGCCUGAUGAAGGACCUGAAUGUCGUUGUGUACCUUGAUGAUCUGCUCAUAACGGGAAGAGAUGAGGCAGAACACCUGAAGAACCUCGACAGAGUCCUGCAGCGCUUGCAAGAGAACGGCCUGCGAGUGAAAAAGUCAAAGUGUGAGUUUGGAAAGACCCAAAUCGAGUACCUGGGCCAUGUCCUGGACGAAAAGGGGGUGUACCCGUCUGAAGACAAGGUGAGAGCAAUACACAAUGCACCCGCACCCGCCAAUGUGAAAGAACUACGGGCUUUCCUAGGCCUAGUUAACUACUAUGGCCGUUUUGUGCCGCAGCAAAGCACUGUGCUAGCGCCACUUUACAGUCUGCUGAAAGAGCAAGUCACAUGGAAAUGGAAAAAAGCUGAACAAGAUGCAUUCAACAAAUGUAAAGAACUCCUGACAAGUGACAAAGUGCUAGUGCACUAUGAUCAGAGCCUGCCGUUGACCCUUGCAUGUGACGCCUCAGCUUAUGGCAUUGGAGCUGUAAUCCAACACACAACACCAGAUGGAAAAGAGCAUCCAAUUGCUUAUGCUUCUCGUACCCUCUCUCCAGCAGAGAAGAAGUAUUCACAAAUCGAGAAAGAGGCCCUAAGCCUUGUGUACGGUGUUAAGAAAUUUCACCAAUACCUCUGGGGACGUCAAUUCAACCUGGUCACAGACCAUAGGCCAUUACUGACUUUAUUCGGAGAACAUAAAGGGCUUCCCACAAUGGCAGCAGCCCGAAUCCAGAGGUGGGCCAUCAUACUGUCGGCAUAUAACUACCACAUUGUUUACCGUCAGUCAGAGAAGCAUGGCAAUGCUGACGGGUUGUCUCGUGUGCCGCUAUCAGACACCAAAGAUGCUGGAACAGAGACAAUAUCCGCCUACGUCAACGCAUUGAUAUGUGAACACCUAGAGGGUGUGCCGCUAACUGCAAAGCAGAUUGCCAAGGUUACGAGAACUGACACAGAGCUCUCAAAGCUGCACAGAUUCGUCAUGGAAGGGUGGCCAAAAUGCAUUCCUGAAGAACUGAAAGGAUACCACAAAAGGCGUGAUGAACUCUCUGUGGAGCAGGGGUGUGUGCUUUGGGGCACAAGAGUGAUAGUGCCGGCGAAGCUCAGAACUGCCGUGCUUAAAGAAAUCCACAGUGGGCACCCUGGCAUUGUGAAAAUGAAGGAAAUUGCACGCCAAUAUGUCUGGUGGCCACACAUUGACAUGCAGAUUGAGGAAAUGUGCAGAAACUGUGAAACGUGCCAGCUAGGGCAGGGCAUGCCGCGCCACGAGCCACUGCACCCCUGGGAGUUUCCAGGAGAUGUGUGGAAAAGACUUCACAUUGACUUUGCCGGGCCAUUCAUGGGCCACAUGUUCAUGAUUGUAGUUGACGCAUUCUCAAAAUGGCUGGAGGUUUACAAAAUGACACAAAUAACCUCCUCUGCAACCAUCACCAGACUAAAGAGACUUUUUGCAUCUUAUGGUGUCCCUGAACAGAUUGUCACAGACAACGCAACAACCUUUAUGUCUGAUGAGUUCCAACAGUUCGCGAGGAGAAAUGGAAUUCUCCACACGACCGGUGCCCCAAGGCACCCAGCUACAAACGGCUUAGCCGAGAGAUAUGUCUCCACGUUCAAGGCUGGCAUGAAAAAGCUGGCUGGAGAGGACUUGAGCAUUGAAGACAAAGUCUCUCACUUCCUGCUGCGGUAUCGCACAACUCCCAACAGCACAACAGGCCAGUCGCCUGCUGAUGUGUUUUUGAAAAGACAUGUCAGAACCCGGCUGGACUUUCUGAAACCAAACAUUCAAGAAACAGUGAGGAGGAAGCAGUAUCUGCAAAAAGAAGGACAUGACAGAAAAGCGUCGGACAGGCAGUUCGACGUUGACGAGAAAGUCUACCUGCGAAACACUGCUGGUGACACACCAAGAUGGAUCCCUGGGGUCAUCACCCAGCAGUCGGGGCCUGUGUCCUACAGGGUCCACGGGGAAGCAACGGAUCAAGAAUACCGGCGCCACGGCGACCAGCUGAGACCUCGCUACUCUGCGGGGCUUCCAGAUCUGCAACCUGAGGGAGUAGCUGAGGAGAUCGGUCCGAUGGAGAGCAGUUUCGGGGCGUACCCAGCGCCUGAACCGUCAGACCCAGCUGAGCCGCCUGAUCCUGUUCCGGUGACCGUAAGGCGGUCCCAGCGUACCCCAAAAGUGCCUCAACGUUACCAGGACUGA